GGCCGUCAGGUUAGUGUGAGAGGCAAAGGAGCCGUGGGGAACAUGGCGGCGGCGGAGGGAUGACACUGUGACGUUCCUCUUUGUGCUUUUACUGUUGGAUAAGGACGUGUCCGGCCAAAGUAUUUCAUAAGGAGGUCUGAGAGGGGACGCUGUGAUGGAAGGCUCUUCAUCUCCCCACACCUCUAGGCAGACAUCUCGCAAGCGGGAAGUGAGUGUGGAAAGCCAGGGUAGGUCACACAUCCGGGUGAAGAAGGUGCGGCGAGCAACACAGUGGAACACGGCCGACUAUACAGUCCACGAUACCGACAACGACAUGCUUCUGAUCAUUUCCAACAAGAACGAGGUGCAGAGGAAGGCCAGGCCCAGAAGACCAUGGGCGAGGAAAAGCAACCGUAGGUUGAAUCACAAGCACAAUGCCCACACCGUAAAGUUCUCCCUGGUUGAAAUGAGGACAAGGGGUGCCACCUCUGACUGCGCCGACGGUCAGCGCAAGUUAAUGAAUUCCGAACCGAAGGCCCAGAAAGAAGAAGUCGUUGACCAGUGGGGUCAGCAGCUUCCAAUUGAAGUCUUGGUUCACAUCUUCCAUUACGUGGUGUCAUCCAAUGGAGCUGUACCAUUCCUCUGCAGAAUGGCUCGCGUGUGUCACCUGUGGAAUGGAGCCGCUGGCAACCCCAGACUCUGGCGCAGGGUCACCAUCUCUCAGUGCUGGGUCAAUCCUGGAAAGAAACUCCAACCUCCAGUUCAGAGAAAAAUCCAGAACACCUUAAGCUGGCUGACAGAGAACAGGUUUUCACAGCUUCGGGAGUUCUCCCUCUGCCAUUGGAACAACUUAGUGAGUUACACCCUGAAGGCCAUCACGAAGUCCUGUCCUCAUUUAGUCUCCUUGCGACUGACCAACUGUACUGGUGUCACAUCUGAUGUCUUUGAAGCUUUGGCCACCCAUUCCCGGAAGCUGGAAAGUCUAAACCUACAGCAUUCAGUGGUUGACACAGCGGCUGUUAUCAGCUUUCUUGAAACAGCAGGUUCGAACCUCAAACAGCUUUGUGUGACGUACAACAGUCGUCUGCAUAACAUCUUCAACGCCAUUGUGGCUGGCUGCUGUACUGAACUUCGGCUAUUGGAGGUCAACACUGAAAUCAAGCAGACCAACCCCUACUUCCAGUUCUGUAUUGAGAUGCUGCAGGCUGGCUGCCCCAAACUGCAGGUGCUGAGACUCCUGAACCUGACCUGGUUCCCCAAGGCUUGCACUAUGAUCGUUUCGCCAGAAGUUGGCUUCUCUGAGCUGGAGGAGCUGUGCCUGGCCACCUCGUCGUUCUCACUGGUCACAGACGAAGUCCUGGUAAAGUUGUUGCACUUGUCGUCGAAGCUGCGGACCUUAGACCUCAGGGGUUGUUAUCGGAUCACUUCAGCGGCACUGCAGCUCCUGCCCUGUCAAGACCUUGCGCGGUUGUUCCUGGGACUAUACUGCAGCACCACCACCCUACUGCUGGCUAAGCAGGGUUCGGAACAGAUGGCACUGAAAUGGAAACACUCUUUGGAGGAACUGGAUCUCACCGGUCAGUGCUACAAAGAGAAGGACCUCGAGUUAGCCAUGGGGAUCCUGGCAGGGACCGAGGGGAAUCAUGUCCUACGCUCUCUAAACCUGGCUGGGACUAAGGUCACCCUGGAUGCUAUCAGGGUGGUGGUGAGCAGCAGCCCCAGACUCAGCUACUUGAACCUAACGUCCUGCCGCUGUCUCCCCCGGGGCCUGAAGCGCAUCUACCGAGGCCAGGAAGAGAUCGCCCAGUUUGUCAACCGCUUGCUGAGCAGCCCAGGAGGGCAGCAGUCUGCCGGUGACCAUGGGCCUCAGGGCGAGGCUAUCAAGUAGGAUUCUGCUCCUGAGGUACCAGGAAUGGCCCCAGUCCAACUGCAGAAUCAAAGGGUAGUGCGAUAGGCUUGUCUUCAUAAACAAAGCGUGUGUGUCCGGCUGUUUCCAUAAAGUUCAAAGCACAAUCAAUAAAUAAAGCAAAACAAAUAUCAACUGCAGAGCGGGCUGAGCUCGGUACAGAUGUAUUCUAGGUUGGCCCCAGAUGUACUCCCUACAGCUUGAAACUGAUUUGGGCUGUAGUCAGCAGAAUCUAAUGUUCCAAACUGAGUUUAGAUUGGGUUGCAGCUUGGGCUGAAGUCAGUUUGCUGCAUUAUUUGCUGCAGAAUUACUAACUGCUGAUCUACAUCUUAAGCAGAUGGGAGGACAUGCUACCGGACUGCGGUUUAAGGUGCCUUGUGAGGGAGCUGGGCAAACGUUGCGAGGUUGACGCAACUCUUAGAGGAAGCUUGGGCAGGUCAGGCGUUAGUGGAAACUGGUUUGAGCCGUUGAGGAAGGGCUUUCCUGAGGUAACGCGAAUCGCGUUGUCCUGCAGAGCAACGGUGAGAGGCGAGCUCCUGUUCUCGGACCGGGGAACUGGCUCACGAUCCAUCAAUCUCUGAAUGUGCACCGAGCCCUGACUGUGGAGGCUGGCUAGCUGUACGUUGUUACAGUGUGUUAAACAGCUUUGUCUGAGCACUAGAGGAGAUAUUUACUGCCUUAAGGGUUUUCCAUUUCCUGUACAUUCCCCCAACCCCAGCACCAUACAGCAUUGCAGUCCACUGUCCAAGGUGCUCUGACAGUCUUCUAGGUUGUGCCUUAGCUGCAUGGCUCUUUUAAUUUUAUUCUCCUGUAAGGAAUUUCUUGGUCGCUCUCUUGUUCAAGUUCAAGUUAUACUUUAUUGUCAUUCACCCAGAUGCUGUAAAACACAUGGAGGAACGAAAUGUCGUUUCCCCCAGACUCACACGACAGAGGACAUACAAUAAACACAGACAGGAAAAUUGCACAAGCACAAAUAGUGCCCACAAUUGUCCACUUUUAGGAGUUUGCCUUUUAACAUGGUCUGUGUGGUGCCACACAUUGAUGCAAUUUCUUACUUCCUGGUGCGAUGUAAAAUUUGGCCAAUCGUUUUCUCAUCUGCAUUGGCGUACUGACUGAGGACCUAGACAAGUGGGGAACUGGACUCCUAGAACUGGGAGACAAUGGUUCCAAAUGCCCUAGUGGUUGUGUGUCUGGAUUCAGUGUUAAUGUUCAGUGAACCAUUGGGUGGGAAAUUACAUUAUUGGAGACUUUUGAAGUGUCAAUGAUGUCAUGCUGCCUCCAUCAUUUGCUGUUUCUGUGUUGUAUCCAUGACUAAUGGCCAAAGCCCAGCAGAAAGCCAAGGAAAAUGUCACCAGCAGGAAUCCACAAGCUUCUGGGGCUCUUCCAGCGUAUGAGUGGGAAUUGCCAAGGACAUUCAGAGGGUCCAAUAGACAUUUCAGAGGGUCCAGAAACACAGGCCAGGAUUCUGUUCCAAAGCCUAUUUUAAGAUCGUUGUGAUUGCAGCUGUAAUAGUGAGUAGCUGAAACUGCAUGCAGUGACCCCCCUCAGUAUAUCUGAAGUAUGGUCAUCUCAAUGUGUGUCGUGAAAUGUGCUGUUUCCUUGUACACGCUGUCAUGAGCUCUUUCUUUGGUUUUUGACUCAGGGCUAUUGCUAAUGACCUUGUAAAAUGAUCUUGUAUAUAUCGUGCUUUUUACCCUGUCAUUGCACUGGCUGGUUGUAAAGUACAGUCACUGUGAUCGGUGGAGGGGCAGCUUACCCAAGGCUAUGCUACUGAGAUGGUGCGUUUUGGUCAAUCCGCAGGCAGUGAACAGGUAGUGCUGCAGGCGCUCCACCUGUUCCUCUCCCUCAGUCGAGAAUCUCCGCGCUCUGCCUCUACCCCCCUCGCAUUGCACACGGACCGCCAGCAGUGCAUUUGUUCAUCUGGUCUUGCCCAGAGACCCACUUUAAUUCAAAACCCAUUCCUUUGUGAUGGGAUGAUGACUGCCUUUCCACAUUGUGAAUGGAAAAAGCAUUGGACAUUGAUGUGGUGCUUAAAUCAUGGUGCAUUACAGAAAAUCUGAAUUUUUAUUUGUUGUGAUGUUUUAACCUUUGGGGGCUCUUGCCAGCUUUUAAUCUCAGGAAAAAAGUCCCUUCUCAGUUGGACAAAGCCCCAACCAGCUGAGCAGCCUGAGUGUUAAAUUAGAUUCUCACAGUUUACGCUGAGCUUAGCCAGGUCAGCCACAACUGGGACUGUACUCAGCCACUAACCCAGUGACCGGUGCUUCUACUAUCUGGCAAAUGCUUCUAUUUUAUGAAAAUGUUUUUUGACUCCUAUUGAUAGUGGUCAUAGAAUAAAGCAACUGGGAUACGCAAUAUGGACAUGUAAUAAAAUAUUAAGAAAAGCUAGUUGUUUCAUUCUUUCUGUUGUUGCUAAUGUGGAUUGUGACCGAUAAAUUUAACAGACCGUCGCUGGGUCAAAACCCUGGAACACACAGCACUGUGGCUAUACCACACCUCAAGGACUGCAGUGGUUCAAGAAGGCAGCUCACCACCACCUUCUCAAGGGCAACUAGCGAUGGGCAAUUAAAUGCCUGCGAAGCCCACAUCCUUCGAAUGAAUAACAAAAAAUGUGGUACCAAAAGUGACCAUAAUUGAUUGGAUAUACAAGACUCCAGAGUCACAUUAAAUGGCCGAGUCACUAACUGCUGAGGGCUUUAGUUACUGCCUGUCCCAGUGAGUUGGUACGAUCAAUGCAGAGAAGGUUAGAAGUUGUUCAUGGAGGGUUUUGAUAUGCAAGGAGAAUGUGUUUCACGUGUCUGAGGGGUCAGUAGUCAGAGGCAAAGAUUUCAGAAGCAGAUAAAGCAUGAGAAUGCUUCUACAUGGUAUGUCAUGAUCUCGAAUGGGCAGCUUGAUGGUGGUGAGAUAGAGAAAUACAGCACAGAAACAGGCCCUUCGGGCCACUGGGUCCGGGCUGACCAACAAACAUCCAUUUACACCAAUCCUACAUUUAUCCCACUUUUUAAUCCUCCCCACGUUUCCAUUAAUUUACCCUUACUUGGAGCGGGAGAUUUGAAAAGAGGUGAGUCUCUGUGCUUGUGAGUUUCACCUUGCAGGAGUUGGGACUUUGAGUGAGAUUUGGAGCGGGAGAUUUGAAAAGGGGUGAGUCUCUGUGCUUGAGUUUCACCUCACAGGAGUCUAAAAGAGGCACAUUUGCAAGUUGUUAAUAGUUGAUUGGUUCAUUGGCUAGUUAACAGUGGCCAAUUAAGAUAUGUUAGUCAUGUACAUUCGAAACACACUGAAAUGCGUCUUUUUGCAUUAAUGAGAAUGUGCUGGGGGCAGCCUGCACAUUCUCAGUAACGCAAAGAGAGACACGUCACUGUGUGUCAAUAAAAAUUAGUAAGUAUCAAGUGGAGCGGCCACUGUUGGAGUGGGCCAGUGUUACGAGUGGGGAGCUGAGGCUUCGGCAAGAAGAGGUGGAGGCUAAAGAGUUGGUGACUUACAGCAGGAGAACUGAAGAGUCUCCUUGCUUGAGUUUCACUUGCAGGAAUUUAAAGGGUAAGUCAGCUAAUUGUUGAUUAAUAGGUGAUUGGUUAAUUGGCUAAUUAUCAGCAGUUAAUAAAAAGACUAUGUGCACAGGAAGUGUGUCCAGCUACAGCUCCUGACAGACUGCAUGACAGCACUGGAGCUGCACAUGGAUUUAUUUUGGAGUAUCUGCGAUACUGAGAAUGUUGCGGACAGCAUGUUUAGCGAGUUGCUCACACUGCAGUUUAAGGGCCUAGGGAAAGGUAAGUGAUGUGUGACCAACAGGCAGAGCAGUAGCAGGAAGGUAGUGCAGGAGUCCCCUGCGGUCAUCUCCCUCCAAAACAAAUACCGCUUUGGAUACUGUUGGGGGAGAUGGCUCAUCGGGGAAGGCACCAGUAGCCAGGAUCAUGGCAUCGUGGGUGGCUCUGUUGCACAGGAUAGCAGGAAAAAGAGUGGCAGAGCUAGUGGGAGGGGAUUCCAUGGUAAGGGGAAUAGGAGCUUCUGUGGCCGCAAACAGGACUCCCGGUUGGUGUUGUCUCCUGGGUGCCAGGGUCAGGGAUGUCUCAGCGUGGCUGCAGGGCAUUCUGGAAGGGGAGGGUGAACAGCCAGUUGUCGUGGUGCAUGUAGGUACCAAUGAUAGGGAAAAAAAACAGGUUGAGGUCCUGCAAGCUGAAUUUAGGGAGCUAGGAGAUGGAUUAAAAAGUAGGACCUCAAAGGUAAUAAUCUUAGGAUUACUACCUGUUCCACAUGCUAGUCAGAGUAGGAACAGCAGCAGAGUUAGGAUGAAUGUGGCUUGAGCAGUGGUGCAGGAGGGAGGGUUUCAGAUCCCUGGGGCAUUGGAACCAGUUCUGAGGGAGGUGAACCAGUACAAACUGGACAGUCUACUCCUGGGAUCAAUGUCCUAGGGGGAUUGUUUGCUAGUGCUAUUGGGGGAGGGUUUAAACUAAUAUGACAGGGGAGUGGGAAUCCACGCAGAAAGACAGAGGGAAGCAAAGCAGAGACCAGAGCAAAAGUUAGAAAAAAGGAAGAGUGGAGUACAGAGAAGUCAAAUGCAAAGGACACAAAGGUUACUUGAUUCUAAAAGGACAAUGAGUGUAAGGGCACUUUAUCUGAAUGCCCGUAGUAUUUGAAACAAGGUCAGUGAACUUGUGGCACAAAUCACUGCAUAAGGGUGUGAUUUAGUGGCCAUUAGAGAAAUGUGGUUGCAGUGUGGAGACGAGUGGGAAUUAAAUAUCCAAGGGUAUCAGGUAAUACAGAAGGAUAGGAAGGGAGAUGGGGUAGUGGAAACUGGGGUACUGGCAACUGGGAAGGUGGGGUAUUGGGUGAUGUGGAAACUGUUGAGGCCUUGAACGACUAUUUUGUGUCGGUCUUCACGGUGGAGGACAUCUAAUAUGUCAAAGAGAGGUUAUGGAUGCAAUGGGAGGUGAGGACCUCGAUACAAUCACUGUCAUGCAAGAGGUGGUGAUGAGCAAACUAGCGGGCCUAAAGUUAGGCAAGUCCCCCGGUCCUGAUGGGAUGCAUCCCAGGGUACUGAAAGAAAUGGCGGAAGUUAUAGUGGAGGUGUUUGUGAUAAUUUAUGAAAAUCCUCAAGACUCCGGGCAGGUCCCGGCAGCUUGAAAGGCAGUGAAUGUCAUGUCACUGUUUAAGAAAGGAUGUAGGCAAAAGGCAGGUAACUAUGGACCAGUUAGCUUAACAUCUGUAGUUGGGAAAAUGCUUGAAACUGUCACUUAAGGAAGAAAUAGUGAGAGAUCUGGAUAGAAGUGGUUCCAUCAGGCAGACACAGCAUGGAUUCAGGAAAGGCAGGUCCCAUUUGACAAACUUACUGGAGUUCUUUGAAGAUAUAAUGAGUGCAGUGGACAGAGGGGAACAGGUGGAUGUUGAAUUUCCAGAAGGCAUUCAAUAAGGUGCCACAUAAAAGACUUGUGCAUAAGGAUGCAUGGAGUUGGGGGUAAUGUAUUGGCAUGGAUAGAGGAUUGGUUAACCGGAUAAAUGGGUAUUUCUCUGGUUGGUAAUCAGUGGUGAGCGGAGUGCCGCAGGGGUCGAUGCUGGGCCCACAACUGUUCAUGAUAUACAUUAACGAUUUGGAAGAGGGGACUGAGUGUAGUGUAUCUAAGUUUGCUGAUGACACUAAAUUGAGUGGAAAAGCAAAUUGUGCAGAGGAUGCGGAGAGACUGCAGAGAGAUAUCGAUAGGUUAAGUGAGUGGGCAAGGGUCUGGCAAAUGGAGUACAAUGUUGGUAAAUGCGAGGUCAUCCACUUUGGAAGGAAAAAUAGAUCAGAUUAUUAUUUAAAUGGUGAAAGAUUACAGCAUGCUGUUGUGCAGAGGGACUUGGGAGUGCUUGUGCACAAAUCACAAAAGGUUGCUUUGCAGGUGCAACAGGUUAUCAAGAAGGUAAAUGGAACAUUGGCCUUCAUUGCUGGAGGGAUUGAAUUUAAGAGCAGGAAAGUUAUGCUGCAACUGUACAGGGUGCUGGUGAGGCCACACCUGGCGUACUGCGUGCAGUUCUGGUCUCCUUACUUGAGCAAAGAUAUACUGGCUUUGGAGGUGGUGCAGAGGAGGUUCACCAGGUUGAUUCUGUAGAUGAGGGGGUUAGCCUAUGAGGAGAGAUUGAGUUGCCUGGGACUAUACCUGCUGGAAUUCAGAAGAAUGAGAGGGGAUCUUAUAAAAACGUACAAAAUUAUGAAAGGGAUAGAUAAGAUAGAGGCUGGAAAGUUGUUUCCACUGGUAGGUGAGACUAGAACUAGGGGACAUGGCCUCAAGAUUCGGGGGAGUAGAUUUAGGAUGGAGAUGAGAAGGAACUGCUUUUCCCAGAGAGCAGUGAAUCUGUGGAAUUCCCAGCCCAGGGAAGCAGUAGAGUCUACCUCAUGAAAUAUAUCUAAAGUCCAGUUAGAUAGAUUUUUGCAUAGUCAGGGAAAUUAAAGGUUAUGGGGAAAAGGCAGAUAGGUGGAGCUGAGUCCACGGCCAGAUCAGCCAUGAUCUUAUUGAAUGGCGGAGCAGGCUUGACGGGCCAGAUGGCUGACUCCUGCUCCUAUUUCUUAUGUAGCCCAGAUUCUACCACUCACCUACACACUAGAGGCAAUUUACAGCAGCCAAUUAACCUACCAACCUGCACAUCCUUGGGAUGAAACUAGAGUACCCGGACCCAGAGGAAACCCAUGCGGUCACAGGGAGAAUGUGUGCAAACUCCCUGUUCAACAGUAACAAUCAAAAGGGAAUUAAAUUCUUGGAAUGGAAAAAUUAUGGUGGAAGAGUGGGAUUAUUUGGAUAGCUCUUUAAGGGAACUGACACAGGCAUGAUGGGUUGUUUGCCCCCUUCUGUGUGGUAUCACUUUACGACUUAAUGGGACAAAUGGAGCAGAUGUGGUUCCUUCCCAUUGGUGUACUAGAGGCACUUGUCCCUGUCCUGAAAUUACAGAUUAGGCAUCUUGAAAUCUAACUUCACAACUUUGUUUUACCAACUGCCCCUGGCCUAUCUUUAUAACCAUUAGCAUUCUUGAAAGUUAGUAAUGACUGCAUUCUAUAUGUUCCCACUGUGGUGAAUGGCAUCUGGGAUUCUAGCUGCAAUUUCUGAUCUCAAGAACAAUGUUGCUAGUACCCAUUCAGAGACUAUUGUUUUAAGUAGAUGAACUGAGAUUUUGGAGCAGAUCCUUAUUAUACCUCUUGCAUUUUGAAUACUGUGUCAGUAUUAAUGGGUCAGGGAUGGUUUCUUUGACCUAAGACCAUCUAUAAUUGUUAGUAAAUACAAUACUUCCAUUUCAUUUGGUCCCAUCACACUCUCAGUCCUCG